AUGGCUGCGACGGAAGAAUCGAUUCCUGUCUUCAUACGAGUCAAGAAUUUGGUGAGAAUCCUCGUGGCUGAUCUUUUGAAUGCGGAGAAAGGCCUGGCUUACAUCAUACAGGUGAUCUUGGAAGAGUUUGGCAGAGUUUCCAGACGGGAGAUCUUAGCGAUCCAAGAUUACCCCAGGAAAGGAGUCAACGACGUCACCUUUGAUGGCGAAGGUGUUUACCACAGCUUCUUGAGCAUCCUGGGAGAAAAUUUGGCUGAUCCUCGACUGAGUGGGUUUAAAAUCAUUCCACAUUUUGUGGAGGAGGAAGUCUUUCUGAUUGUUAAAUCUUAUUCUCCUUUUGUCCCACUUAAGGAGAUUGAGACGGUAAUAGGUAGGUACUGCAAAAAACUUGUUUUUGUAGGUAAGAUCCUCAAUGAACUUGGUAUAUGGACGUCGAAAUACAGGUUCAAGGCCGUCUUCGAAAAAGGUACUUUUCCACCGGCGAGAUUUCAAUUGGAUACAGUCAAUAUAGACUGUUUUUUCAACGGUAUGCUGGAAUUUUGCAGAAGGUGUAGACAGUACGGACAUGUGAGAGAUGGAUGUACAUUGUGCCAAAAUUGUGGUAAGACUGGUCACGAGGUAAUGAACUGUGUUCUCCCAAAGAAGUGUAACUUUUGUUUACAGGAAGGUCACUUAUAUGCUAGAUGUCCUCAAAGGAAAGUGAAACCUGAUGAAGUUUCGGCAGACCAGGGUAAGUUGCUUGUGCCAGUUGAUCUAACCCCUAGGUCUUCUAGUGAGGAGGUCUUGGCUGUGAAAGAUUCGCAAGAAGGGACUACAGUAAAGCGCAAGAAGGAGAAGAAAGAGAAAAAAGAGAAGAAGAAAUUGGAAACCACUGAUGUAAGUUCUGAUAUGGAGUCUAGUGAAUCUGUUGAUGUGCAAUCUCUUUCCAGAGGGGAGGGACUCUUCAACUUUUACAAGAGUAAGUCUGAUGCGGAAAUCCAAGCAGCAUUAAAAGACUGGCUGGUUGAAGAAGAGAUCAAAAAGAUAAUAGAAAAAUGUAUUAAAGGCAAACCAGAAGAUUCUGUUAGGUAUGCUGUGUUGAAUCACAUAAGAGAACUAACGUAA